AUGCAGGAGGGUGGUACACCAUCACGGUCGGUUCAGCCUCUGUACUGGCGGAAGCCAUCGAGAGGAUGGGUAUGUUUGAACACGGAUGGAUCGGUAGUGGGUGGGAUGGGGAGCACAGCUGCUGGCGGGGUCUUCCGCAAUGAUGAGGGCCAGUUCUUGAAGGCCUUUGCUGUCAAUUUGGGUAGAGGUUCUGUGACCCACGCGGAACUGGCAGGGAUAGUCCAGGGUCUCCGACUGGCUUGGGAAACUGGAUACAAUAGAAUUGAGGUGCAUACUGAUUCAUCUACGGCGGUCAAGCUCAUUCAGACGGCAGCGGACCAUAAUCCUCAUAGAGGCCUGAUCGCGGCGGCAAGGCAGUUGCUUAGCCUGGAUUGGCAAGUCCGAAUCACCCAUGUUUUUCGAGAAGAAAACUUCGUAGCAGACUAUUUAGCGUCAGAGGGGCAUUCUCUAUCUUUGGGGGUUCAUGUCUUUGAAAACCCGAGUCCCAUGUUACGUUAUUGGCUGUAUUUUGACAAUGCUGGGAUUGAAACCCCGAGGUUGAUUAAUAGUUAA